GUGAGAUAUGGACAGUGAAUCAUAGGUGCUGGUUGUGACAGGCCACCACUGCUAGUGCUGCUUCAUACAAGGCAAUACCUUGAGAUUUUCAUCUGGUUCCACUCAGCCAGUUUCCGUCCCUUCCAUCUUAUUAGGUUCGGAGUCUCAUUAAUGAGGUUACGUCGUUGGGUCAACUGAACUGUGAGAGUGAGGGAGGUCAUUUGUGAGAGCACAGCUGUCCCAGAAGCUGGAGCUCUAUGGGCUGGAGACGAAUGUAUCGCAUUUUCGUGGACACGUUUAGAACCAAGAAGAGGAAGAAGAAGAUGAGGCCCAUUAAAAACGAAGAUGAGGCAACACUGGGAGGUGCAAAUAUGGAGAAUAAAGUUUCGGAUACUGUUGCUGACAAUCGUAUCAAGACGAGUCAGGGUAAAGAACGAGCUAAGGAACACACCAAGAAGACUAAAGUUAAUGAUAAAUUCGCCAAGAGUCAUCCCGGAAAGAGUAAAGUUCCAGAUACUAUUGCUAAAGAUCAUACCGAAAAGAGUCAAGGCAGUGAUAACUUUGCUGAAGAUUACACCAUGGAGAGUAAAGUUUCUGAUAAGUUUGCUAAAAGUCACACCGAAGAGAGUAAAGUUUCACUCAUCAUUGCUACAGGUCUCCAGGAAAGUCGGACUACCAAUAACAUUGUAAAAGGUCGUACAGAAAGUGAGGUUUGCAACACAGCAGUUCAUCUGUGCAAGAGUGUGCUAAGAAGUGACAGCGCCGCUAGCAACACACACAACCUACAACAAUCCUCUUGCCGCUUCGAACCUGAGGAUAAUGUCUUUAAGGAAGAGAGGACCGAGAGGACCCCGCGUCAACGGCACAAGGCGACAUCCGACCCACCUUUAGGCACUGAAGCACAAGAUAACGGGGACGAUUUAUCGGUUAAAUCUGAGGAUAAAAAACGACUUUCUUCCGUUACAGUUCAGCGUUGCAGUCAAUCAUGGCCUCAGAGAAACAUGAGUGAAUGUGCAUUGACGUCAGAAUGUAUUCUCGAAAUGGAUGAAACUCCUUCAAGAGCCGCAUCUGGCCCGAAAACAAGUAAAAAGGUAUUAACUUAUUUAGAAAACUGCGAGAGUUCCGAGGCUCAAGAUCUCUUUCCGAACAUGAAGAGAAUCCGGCAUCGAGGUCGCGGUAACACCUCAUCACACAUCACUGUCAAAUAUACCAAGGUUUAUGGCGAGAGUGAUGGAGCUUACAGGAACGACUCGACACCCAGAGGCCUGGUCUUUAUAAGUAACUUCUCCAAGUUUAAAGAUAAUAAACACCCUGAGCGAGAAGGUUCUGAGAUAGACUACGAGAACCUGCUGAACCUCUUCCAGCAGAUGGGUUAUGGUUACAGCCACCGCAUGAACACUUACUGUCUAACAGGCUACAUCACCAAACAAGAAUUUAUGGACAAAAUUUUAAAGUUCAGUCGCGAAAGGAAACACGAGGUAUUGUGUUCUUGUGUUGUCAUCAUCAUGAGUCACGGCUCUGGACCCAAGACUUUUCUCACCUCAGAUAACCAGGAAGUGGAUCUUAUGGAAGUGUAUCGCAUCUUCGACAAUAUUCACUGCAAACUACUGAAAGGAAAACCGAAGAUAUUUAUACUGCAGUUUUGUCGGAACUUUCCAAAUGAGUUAUCUGAUAUAACAGUACGGAGGCAUAUAAACAAUGAUUAUGAUCUUUUGCAAAUUAUCCGCGAAGAAGUUCGUAAAGCUGUGCAGAAGCUGCAGCCACACAGCCAGGGGGACGCAGCAACUGCAGAUAUCGAUCCAAAAAGUCCAUUUUACUUAGCAAUCGAGGAAAUAAGUAGAAAUGCCUCGGUUUCUUCUCUGUGUUCUUUUCCCGAUGUAAACAUAUCUCAUGUGACAGAUGAAAGAGAGAGUGAAGAACCUUCAGAAGCACAACAUUACGGGGACGAUGUGUUCUACCACACUGACACUCGGAACUUACCAGCAGUGCCACGAGAGGGCAUCCAGAGAUAUUCAGACAUGUAUUCAAUAUUCUCCACAUCCCCAGGAGAACUCUCUCAUCGGGACCCUCACAAGGGAUCGUUGCUCAUCCAGGCGAUAUGUUACGUCUUCGCCGAAUCUGCCUACCAGGAUGAGAUCGACAUUCUCGUCAGGAAAGUCUCCACAUACAUGACGAAGACAUUACAGAAGGACGAUCCCAUCACAGUUCCCCGCCAGACGUGCGAGAGGACCAACAACGGACUUGAUAAGUCCUUCUACUUCAACCCAGAAAAGAUACCCUUUUGCAGACAUGUUACCAUCUGAGAAAGGUCGAGUAGAAUUUAGGCAGAGAUUUUCCCCUUGUCCGAAGCAAUUACCAUACAUGUGAAAUUCAAACACCAUUUCCUGUAGAAAAUAGUUUAUAUUAAGUGGCAGAUCGUCUCGGUAUACACCAAGAUAAAAUCGAUGUCAAACACAAAAGUAAUAUGUGAUAUAUCAUGUUAAAGAAGACUUUUUACUUAUUCUAUGAUGCAUUGUUCAUAACACUGGGUAAACCUCUCUUGGGUAUAUUAAUUAUAACAGGUUAUAUGGUAUACAGAUUUAAUGGAGUUAAAAGGAAAGAUUUUCUUUUAUGGUCGGUUCAUUCACCUUCAUCGGGAUCUGCAAAAUGUUAUAUUGCUUUAUAAUGCAACAUAUAUAUAUAUAUAUAUUUUGUAAAUUAAAGUAACGAAAGUUCGCGUAGCCAUAGGAACUAGUGCUAAGACCAGCACUGGUGCUGAUCUUAACACUGAAAGACCCUAACUGGGGACACUCGGCAAGUAUUCUACAUAAGACAAAAAAAAAAAAAACUUCUGGAUCCGAGCUCACCAACUUGCAAACUGCGACUCGGGACCUGAAGCACAGAGACUGUCUCACCACACAACCUCAGAAAACAUCAGAAAUUAUUAUCUCGAAAUAAUGCCUUGUGAACAGAGUUGCACAGAGUUGAGAGAUGCAUGUUCCGGCUCACCAACGGAAACAUAUAUUACCAAAACACAGAUUCUAUAUGACAUGAACAGAGGAAACCCGUGUUCUCCCAGAGAGAGCAGAGAGACGUUGCCUGGGUGAGUACCAGCCAGAGGUGGUACUCGAGUCUCUAGACAUACCUGGUGCUUGCAUAUACACUGUUGUAGUCGCAGUUUGGAAUUUGGUGAGCUCGGAUACAGAAGUUUUUUUUUUUUUGUCUUAUGUAGAAUACUUGCCGAGUGUCCCCAGUUAGGGUCUUUUUUUAGUCUUGACGCUGUGCUGCUGACGGCUGCUGGGUGCAUUUUGCUGUUAUUAUUAAAGAUUAGCUGGUAUUCUCCCGGCCCGGGCCUUUUCCAAGUGGUGGCCCGGCCUUGGCUCCCUCUUCAGGGAGUGUCUGAGACCUAAGUCUCCCAUGGGAGGAGGCACAAGUACCUCCUCAUCUUUGGGACCAACUGUCCCCAGGCCUAGCCACAAGCUAGGCCUCUCUGGUCUGCCAUCCGCCCCAAGGGGGCUAAUGGGAAUGACAGUCUUAUGAGCUAAAGGCUCGGUCUCAGGCACCUACCCUACCCUAGAAGGGUUAGGCAUGGUAUCGAUGGGUAAGUAUCCAUUUUGCUGUUUCUGGCGAACUGGUGAUCCUGUUGUUCAAGGAAGCAUAGGUCAGAAGUCAGUUUAUCUAGGAACUCGUUUUCUCAGUCACAUUCAAAAUUAAAUCUACCGAGCACAUGUACACAUAAACACAUACAUUACUCUUGUACUUUUGAGUAUAUUUCAUUACAGUAACGAACCAGAUGGAUCAGUUUCUUUGAGAGUAUUUUUGUGUACAUUAUCAUAAGCAGAGUACUGAUAGUACAGUUAAUUUGAAUGUACAGAUGUAUAGGAAUCUAUCUUCAUUAUUUCUAAAGUUUACGUUUAACUGUAAAUAUUAACCCACUUAGACAGCUUUUUGUUAAUAAAAUUCUCAAACUUU